AUUUUGUUGAUCAUCUUCAUUCGGGUUGUUGAUCGAAAUGUUCACUUGAUCAUCUGAAAGUUUCAUUACAUUGAUUUCGUGAACACUUUUCUUUGAAACUUUUAAUUGUUGCCAAUUUGUUUAAAUUGUUCAAUUUGUUGGCUUCUAAUUAUCUUCAAUCAUUUAAAUACUUUCCAAUUUAAGUUAAAUUAGUUGACCAUAACUUUACAUAACUUAUUGGAUAUUAAUGGAUCAGUUUAAUUGUGUGUUCUAAUUAUCAUCUAAAUUGUGAUGUGAUUUCAUUUCCAACUUAUUUAACUGAGAUUAACGAUGAAACAUCCAAAGGUUUUCACGUUACAUCCAAUCGAUCAACCAAUUAGUCCUAAAUGGCAACCUAAUCUUACUCGAUCAACUGAUUAUCCAUUGACCGUUGCUGACGGUAAAUUAGGUCCACAUUAUAUCCCACCGAUUGCUUAUUUUUACCCACCGUCAACGGAUUUUAAUCCAGAGGAUCUACAAGAAUCACAGAUUAACCUGAGAGAGGCAAUUCUAAGAGAAAGAUUAUCUCUUACCAAUAAUAAUAAGCCCAUAAGUUCAGACCAUAAAUCGACCGAUAUUUUUUUCUUAUUAUUGUUCAUCCUUUUCUUUGGAUUUUUGGGUUAUCUACUAUUCGAAGCAAUUGUAAUUAAACAUUCAAAUCCAAAUUUAAUUCUCCAUGGUUAUGAUAAUUGGGGUAAUAUUUGUGGCCAAAGAAAUCGACCAUUGGACAAUGUCCCUUACUCAGGUCAAGAUAUGUUUCGAAAGCCUUACCUAUUGAUUUACUUUGGUACCAAUCGAACAACUCGAAGAAUCUGUGUUGAAGACUGUAAUGAAGAUGUAUUCAUUAAAACAACAUUCAAUCGAUGUUUACCUCGACGUGUGGGCCUGGAACAAUUAGCUAAUUCAGUUAAUUACACCAGAGGAUUAAUUGAUUCAAUCUCAUCGGAUGUGAUUCUUUGUUUCAAUGAACUUGUUUACCUUUUCAUCCUCUCAUUUGUUUUUGCUCUGGUUUUGGUUAUUUUAAUCCGGUUCAUGGCGAGUUUGAUUAUCUGGUUUACGUUGAUUCUGUUAAGUCUUGCCUCGAUUACGGCAACAAUCAAUAUUUGGCUUCACUGGGGAGACUUGAAACAAUCAAAUGGAUCGACAAUCAAUCCACCAACUAAUUCAACUCUCGCCUCGGGAUCUGAAUCAGACAAGGAAUUGGAAAGAUGGUUAAUCUACUCAAUUGGAGCAACAAUUUUCACGACUGUAUUUAUACUUAUCCUUUUGGUUAUGAGAAAACGCAUCCAAUUGGUUUGCUUAUUGUUCAAAGAAGCGGGAAAGGCGAUCGGUUCAAUGCCACUUUUACUCCUUCAGCCGAUUAUGACUUUAACUAUUCUUUCUGGUCUUGGAUUCUUAUGGUUCAUUGGAACCCUUUACCUGUUGUCUAAUCGCUCACCUCUGGUUGAUUCUGAUUCUGGUUUUGUGGUCUAUGGUUUUGAUACAUUUUAUUCAUAUGUUAAAUGGAUCAAUAUUUUCGCGGUUCUUUGGCUAAUCUACUUCGUAACUGCUUGUCAACAUUAUGUUAUUGCUGGUUCAGUUGCUAAAUGGUUUUUCCAAAGAGACAAAAGUAAACUUAAUUAUCCAAUAUUCAGAAGUAUCAUGGAAUUAGUUAAAUAUCAUCUCGGUUCAAUUGCUCUCGGAUCAUUGCUUGUUGUUGGAAUGAAAAUACUUCGAUUAUUGUUCAAAAAGAUCGAAAAUCUCACCAACAGAACCAAAGAUUCGCUCGGUUGUAUGUCCAAAUUUUGCUGCUUCUUUUUCUGGAUAUUCGAGAAACUUUUGAUCUACAUUAAUAAAAACGCUUAUAUUGUUAUGGCAAUUCACGGAAGUUCAUUCUCCACCUCAGCGAGAAGGGCUUUCUCAAUACUCUCAUCUAAUACACUUAAAAUUGCAACAAUUAACUCAAUCGGUGAUUUUCUCCUUCUACUUGGUAAAUUAUCUGUAAUUUCAUUAACUUUAAUUGUUGGUGUUGAAUUAACUAAAGACAAAGUUGAUAGACUUAAUCAUCCUUGGUCACCUUUGAUAAUUGCUGCCAUUUUUGCCUACUUUAUAUCUCAUUGUUUCCUUGCCGUGUACGAGAUGACAAUUGAUACUUUAUUCAUUUGCUUUUGUGAAGAAACUUCAAAUGAAAACGAUUCUCUCAAUGAACUGGAUUUAAUUGACAAUCGACAUUUACGAAGACGAUCAGUAAUUUAACAGCUAAAUCUAAAAGUUAAUUGUAAUCGAAUUCAAAUUUUUAAUUGUUGGUUAAUUUUGUAAAUUUUUUCUAUCCUUUUGUAUGAUAUUGAUUCAGUUUUCUUUCUUUUUAAUUGUUAAUUGAAUUGUUUUUCUAAUCUCUUGUUACUGAUUUUCUUUUUAAUUGUUAUCAUUAUUAAAAAGGAAAACAAUUUGUUAAUUGUAUUAAACUAAUUGUAAAUAAAGAGAAAAUGUCAACAUUAUUUUUGCUUUUGAUUCUUAUUCUAAUUGAUUGUGAUUCUGAUACUGUGACAAUUAGAAAGUUUCGUGAGAUUUUUUGUCCCCAUCAUUACAAUUAACUGAAUCAUAAUAUUUUCACUGUUUUCUUAUA